AUGUAACGUGCUUUUGUUUGACGGUUUAAUUGUUGACUGAAGAUUGACGCCGUUCGACGACGUUACAUUUUAUUGUUGAAAUUUGAAUAUCUGUUGAGAAAGAUCAUCUAAUUCUGCGAACAAUGGGAUAUGAAUACAAAAUGGUACUCAUGGUAUAGAAGAGGCAGUAAUAGCUACUAAUAAAAAAAAGUUCCAUCGAAUCUCAAUAUUCCUCAAACGUUUGAAUUCAUUUGAGUAGAAUAAUUUUGCUUCUGUCUUACGGUUUAUUCAGACUAAUUUCUAGCGACUUCUACUCUGUCAAUCCCCUAAAAUGUUGAUCUACGUUUACAAAUCAGCGUAUGAAUUUUCACAUAUCUAUGUAUGUACACAUGUUUUUAUCUGAUUGUGAGUCGCGUCCGAUAUUUGAGCAGCAUGCAACUAUCUGCUGCUAGACAUUAAAAUCAUCAUUUUUCCAGGCACGUUUAUGACAAUUUGUAAAAUCAACUCGAACGAGAUAACGUCCUCUUGACGCUAUCUUAUCAAUAAUACAAUUGUGUACAUAAUAAAAUAAUGCAACGGAACUCUAGACUGUUCUGACCGUAAUAGUAAUCGUGUUAAGUCAGAGCUUGUCUCUUACAAUCAAUCAUACGAAUGUGUACUUAUCUUGAUUUACUACUUGAAAAGAAUUCAAUCGAGUGCCACAUUCUGUAGUUGGUUGAAUUCAUGAACAGAGGAUGGAUGAGGAGCCCAGGAAUAAUAGAAGUUGCGAAUCCCAGAAGGAUGACAACGGACACCUGGCUUGUGAUGAAAAUUCAGCAGGAUUCAAAAAUAUGGUUGAGAAGAGCCCUCUCCGAUCAGUUGAACGAGGACAUCCCGGAACAUACGUGCCGAGAAGAGGUGUGCAGCGAUACAAAGAUGCCAUGAAAAUUCUAAUACCGAUUCGCCCGACUCGAGGGAAUAAAAAUAUCUCUCCUGUUGAUGGUGCUGGAUUUUUUUCUACUCUUUCUUUUUCGUGGAUUGCCAAAUUAUCAUACAAGGCCUACAAAACCGGAAUAAAUAUCAAUGAGUUGCCAAACAUGUCUCAAUAUGACUCUUGCGACUACAACGCAGACAGAAUAGAAUUAUUAUGGAUGGAUGAGCUGGCUAAAAAAGGACCAGAAAAAUCGUCUUUUUCGUGGGUGGCUUGGAGAUUCUGUCGAACGCGAAUCCUACUAGCGAAUGCAGCAUUCAUUCUAAAUCUUGCAUUGGGAUUUGUAAGCGCUACUGUGAUUAUGCAAAAUCUACUGCUUUACGUUGAAUCUAAAGAAGCCGAUUAUUCGGUGGGUCUUUAUUGGGCAUUAAUGCUUAUUUUGGUUGAACUGGGCCGCCUGAUGUUUUACGCACUGCAAAUCGGGAUGAAUAUUAGAACUGGAGUAAGAUUAAAGGCAGCGUGUAUGACCCUGAUGUAUAGGAAAGUGAUUCGAGUCAACAAUCUAGGGAGUAAGAGCAUCGGAGAGGUGAUCAACAUUUGUUCAAACGACACCCAAAGGUUUGGAGAACUGAUUCUACAUGGACCAACAAUAGUCAGUGCACCGAUCACAACGAUCUGGGGAAUAUAUUAUUUAUGGAAAUUCAUGAGCCCUAUGGCCAUCACUGGAGUCAUUGUGUUAAUUCUAUAUUAUCCCAUACAGCUCGUGGUAUCUCGCCUGGCCGGAUAUUACCAAAACGAGGCUCGUCAAGCAUCGGACAAAAGAAUAAGACUGACUAAUGAGAUCUUGAACUGCAUAAAAUUAAUUAAAAUGUACGCAUGGGAGAAUCGAUUUUGUAAAGAUCUACUAGACGUGAGAAAAAAAGAGGAGGAUCUUCUUCUGAAGAGUACGUAUUGUCAGAGUUUCAGCGUCGCUUUCGCACCGGCAGUGCCGAUUGCAUCGAUAAUUGUAUCGUGUCUUGCACACAUAUCCGCCGGCAACAAUUUGACGGCGGCACAGGUAUUCCCAUACGUAUCUCUUCUGGAUUCUCGAUUUCGCAUUUCGCUCAAUGUUUUUCAAUACGGAAUAGAGUGUAUUGUAGCAGCAGGCAUAUCCUUCAACAGAGUAAAGAGUAUUCUACUUCUUGAAGAAGGCAACUGUAAAAUUUCAAAACCGAUCAUUAAAUCUCAGGCGAUUGCAAUAAUUCAUGGGACUUUUUCGCGCAACACCCGGAAUGACCAGGAAUAUAAUAAAUCUGAUUCAAGGAUGGUGAAGCGAAACAAUGGACCACCGAGACCAGUGGAGAAAAGUGAAACAGACAAAUUAAAUAAGCCACCAGAAGGUUCUGAAUUUGCUGAAGUUUUGUUUGAUAUAUCCAUUGAGAUACCUAAAGGUCAAUUGAUUGGAAUUUGCGGGCAAGUCGGAAGCGGAAAGUCCAGCCUAAUUCUCGCUGCACUCGGUCAACUUCAAAUAUCUGAGGGGCAGGUGUUGAGGGAUGGCUCUUGUGCCUUUGUCAGUCAGCAGGCUUGGAUAACAAACAACACCUUGAGAGAAAACAUUUUGUUUGGUGAACAAUACGAUCAUAGUUUGUAUGAAAAAGUUAUCUAUGCAUCCAACCUAAACCCUGACAUUGACAUGAUGCCUGCGGGAGAUUUAACGGAAAUUGGCGAGAAGGGAAUCAACCUGUCCGGUGGUCAGAAGCAGCGAGUUGCAUUGGCUAGGGCACUUUACGCAAAUAGGGAUAUUUACUUUCUGGAUGAUCCAUUGAGUGCCGUUGACUCCCUGGUCGGGUCUUUCAUCUUCGAUAACCUUAUUCUUGGAGCUCUGAAAGGCAAAACUGUGAUUUUUGUCACACAUCAAAUUCAGUAUUUGAUGCGAUGCGAUGAAAUUUACAUGAUGCAAAAUGGCAGGAUAAUUGAACACGGGGAUCAUAAUGACCUGAUCAAACUUGACAAUCAAUAUGCAUCCAUGGUAGCAGCCGUCUCAGCGGACAAUGAGAACAAAAUACAGAAUCCAGACAAUGACCAUCAUCCUAAAGAUCAUUUGCAAUCGGUCGAACGGAUUCCAUUACCUAACAAAGCACGACCUAGUCAGACAGCCAGCACUAAUUUCCAGAACAAAAAAAAACAAGUUGAAAAAUCUGAUACCCCAGACGCAUCCUUGAUUAUUAAUGAAAAACUCCACCAAGGAACCAUAAAAGCGGAUACAUACCACACUUACAUUCUGGCUAUCGGGGGCUAUCUUUCUUGCUUCCUAGUAAUCUCCGCAUUUCUUCUAUCCGUUGGAAUGUCAGCGUUUAGUUCUUGGUGGCUGGCAUUAUGGAUAAAUGCUGGAGGGGGCAAUGCAACGAUCGGAGGAAACAACGAAACUGUAGUUUCUGAUAACAUAAUGGAUAAUCCUGACUUCGAGUAUUACCGAGGGAUCUAUGCUGGGUCAAUCGGUGUUUUAUUAUUAACAAGCUUGUUACGCGCCACCAUUUUUACCAAAGCAUGCUUUAGAGCAUCGACUCAAGUGCACAAUGAUUUAUUCAAGAAAAUUAUUGCCAGCCCAAUGAGGUUUUUUGAGACUACCCCGAUCGGCAGGAUCCAACAUUUCUUUAGCAGAGACAUGGACGAAGUGGACAAUCGUCUUCCCUAUGCUCUGACGUGUGUUUUGCAAGGCGCAUUCACACUGAUAUUUGCUGUACUCGUAAUAUGCAUUGUAUUCCCUUGGUUUGUUCUUCCAAUGUGCUUUCUCGGCUUUGUUUAUUACUACAUCAGUAAAAUAUCCCAAGUAGCCAUCAGGGAUCUAACACGAAUGAGUAACAUAUCUCGUGCACCGGUCCUCAGCCUGCUCAUGACGACGGUUGAAGGGAUCAGCACAAUCCAUGCUUUUGGAGCAGAGGAUGAUUUUAAGGCAAAAUUCACUCGUGCAUUCGACGAAAAUGGGAAAUGUACCUUCAUGUGGCAGGCAUGCAUAAGAUGGCUGGGGAUCCGCGUUGACUUAUUAGCAGUAGUAAUCACGGCUAUCACCGCAUUUUUGGUCGUUGGCUUACACGAUCGAGUGCCAGCGGCGUUGGCUGGCUUGGCUAUAUCAUACUCGUUUCACAUUUCGGGAGUAUUCCAGUAUACUUUAAGAAUGGUUUCAGAAGCUGAAGUUCGGUUUAUCAGUGUAGAAAGAAUGUAUUCUAAUAUUAAGACUCUAGAAACCGAAGGCAGUGACAGACAGAUUUCAUUCAAACCACCAUCCACUUGGCCAGUAGCAGCAAAGAUAAAUUUCAAAAACGUCAGCCUAGCAUACAGAGCUGGAACUCCCCUCAUACUCAAAAACAUUUCAAUGUUCUUCAGACCUGGAGAAAAAAUUGGUAUCAUUGGACGGACAGGAGCUGGGAAGACUUCCUUAACGGUUGCAUUAUAUAGGCUAGUCGAGUUGACAGAAGGUACAAUAGAAAUAGACAACGUUGAUAUAUCUAAAAUAAGUCUUUCAGAGCUGAGAAGGAAGCUGUCGAUAAUCCCGCAAGAUCCGGUAUUAUUCAGUGGGACCAUAAGGUCAAAUCUAGAUCCUUUCAAGAAUCACACCGACGCAGAAGUUUGGGAAGCACUGGAAAAGACCCAACUGAAAUCAAGAGUGCAAUCAUUGACUGGGCAUCUCGACGCUUCAGUUGGAUUUGGCGGGGACAACUUGAGCGUGGGAGAACGACAGCUACUCUGUCUGGCUAGAGCUUUGCUCAGAAACUCCAAGAUUUUGGUCCUUGAUGAGGCGACUGCCGCUGUGGAUCGAGAAACGGAGGUGGCAGUUCAGAACACAAUACAGCAAGAAUUCGUCAAUUGCACAGUUCUCACGAUAGCACAUAGACUCCAGACUGUUACGUCGUCUGACCGAAUCCUCGUCAUGGACCAUGGUGAGGUACUCGAAUUUGAUACCCCACUCAUUUUACUAGCAAAUCCAAGUUCGGAAUUCAGCAGAAUGAUCGCAGCUGCUAAACGACUUGAAGCCGAUGAAUAAUCAUUCUAACACGCGCCAUGUAAUUUACGCACCUUUUUGUUCUCAUUCUUGCAAUGAGUCUUGUUCAAAUAUUCCUUUGACCAUUCCGCCACACCUCAACUCUAAUUGACGUAUGGAGCAAAAAUCAUCGAUUCCGCCGAUGUGGGACAUGUCUGGCAAUACACACGCUAACAAUAAGCAUGCAGCAGUUGCCGAUCCUCAACGAGUGAAGAGUCAGGAAUUUGUACUGUAUUAUUGUAUUAUAUUAAUGAUUGCCAUCGAAUUUCACACCACUUGACAGACUUCCUGUUCACUUCGUAUCAGCCGGAAGUACGGCGGAAGAACCAACGAGAAAAGGGUAGUAACUGGUAACAUUGAUUUUUUUGCCACUGGCGCUGACCGUGCGCUGACUGCUCAUGCCCAGCAUCAGCUGGUUAGGCUGUACCUACCUGCCCCACGAAAUCUGCCAUGCCACCACCUUGUUGUUAUUAAAAUGUUUAUUAAAUGUUGA